CGUAGCUCCCGCGCGCGCAUGCAGCAAUGGCCGGCUUCAUCCACCGCCACAUUCUCCCGCCGUUCCGCCGGCCGCCGCUGCCAUUCUUCCGCCCGGCGCCCGGAUCGGCGUUGCCCGCGGGCCGCCGGCCAUGGACGCCCCGGCGCAUCCUGGACCCUGGCGACGACGCCGUGCUCCGGUGGUACCGCCUCUUCCUGGUGACCUGCCUGGUGGGGCUGUUCGUGGACCCGCUCUACUUCUACCUGCUGCACACGGAUGGGCUGGCGGCGUGCGUGUCCAUGGACAUGGGCAUCGGCGUGCUGGUGACUGCAGUGCGCACCUUCGCCGACCUCUUCUACCUGGCGCACAUGAUCCUCAAGUUCCGCAUCGCCUUCGUGGCGCCCAGCUCCCGCAUCUUCGGCCGUGGCGAGCUGGUGCGGGACCCCGACCAGAUCGCCAUUCGGUACCUCAAGAACGACUUCAUCAUCGACCUCGCCGCCAUGCUCCCGAUCCCGCAGAUGAUCAUCUGGUUUGUUAUACCCGCUGUGAGUACAUCCUCCGCCAAUCACAGCACCAACAACACGCUCUCCAUGAUCGUCUUGAUCCAGUACAUACCAAGAGUGUAUCUUAUAAUAUCCUUGAACUCCAAGAUUGUCAAGGCAAGUGGAGUGGUCACAAGAACGGCAUGGGCGGGGGCCGCCUACAACCUGCUUCUUUACACACUGGCAAGCCAUGUUCUUGGUGCUCUGUGGUAUCUGCUGUCCGUUGAGCGCCAGUACUCGUGCUGGAAGGAGGUAUGCACAAACGAGAACGGCACCACAGCGGAGAUGCCUAGGUGUUUCAUGAGCUUUCUGGACUGCAAAAGCAGGGAGAAUCCCAUACGCCAGACUUGGCAUAACCACAGCGCGAUUCAGAAGCAGUGCAUGCUUCCGGACGCCGAAUAUGACUACGGAUUGUUUGCUGAUGCGCUCAAUCUGGAUCGCAACGGGGUCGGCUUCAUCGAUAAGUACCUCUACUGCCUCUGGUGGGGGUUUCGGAACCUGAGCUCCUAUGGACAGAACUUGCAGAACAGCACCUACAAGGGCGAGACCGUCUUCUGCAUUCUCAUCUGCAUCAUGGGCCUCGUCUUCUUUUCCCACCUCAUCGGCAACAUGCAGACCUACCUGCAGUCCAUGACGGUGAGGCUGGAGGAGUGGCGGGUCAAGCGCCGGGACAUCGAGGAGUGGAUGCGCCACCGCCAGCUGCCGCCGGAGCUCCAGGAGCGCGUGCGCCGCUUCUUCCAGUACAAGUGGCUCGCCACGCGCGGCGUCGACGAGGAGUCCAUCCUCCAGUCGCUGCCGCUGGAUCUCCGGCGCGAGAUCCAGCGCCACCUCUGCCUGGCCCUCGUCCGCCGCGUGCCCUUCUUCUCGCAGAUGGACGAGCAGCUGCUGGACGCCAUCUGCGAGCGCCUCGUGUCGUCUCUCAGCACCAAGGACGCCUACAUCGUGCGGGAGGGCGACCCCGUCAGCGACAUGCUCUUCAUCAUCCGUGGCGAGCUGGAGAGGUCCCUCGAGGUGUGA